CUUGUACCACAGAAUAUUCAGUCUGUGGCUCUGUGCUUGUACUUUUAUUUAUAUUAUUUGUAGCUAAUACCUAUUAUUGUAAUAUACACAGCUUAGAUAUUUUAUCAAGCCGAGGUAACAUACGAUUCACGGAUCACAGUUCUUGACAGUUGAUAGUAAAUACUAAAUAGUAAUAAAUAAUAAUAAUAUACAUGACAAAAUAUACAUUGUCAUGAUARUAUGAACAUAAAUUACGAAGUAUACCUAAUCAUAUGAAGUAUAAGUUUUGAUAUUUUAAUCUCAAUUUUAUUUUCAUAUGUUUGACGGCUAAUGCUUACUUGUUAAUUAUGUUUCUAAAAAGUGUUUCUUUAAAUUAAUCUUUAAAGUAAAUUAAUAAUACCAACUCAAUUUGACAACUUCAGUGUGGCCCACUAACUAUAUAUACGUUCUGUUUUAGGAAGAUAAAUACUAAUUCAAAAUGAUACGAGUUGAAGAAAGUCGUAUAAAAUCAUAUCUAACUAUGUAUAAAUUUCCUGAAAAUACAAAAAAAGAAAUUAUAAAAACAUUAAAUUAUUAUCAUGGACUCAUUUGUAAUUUUGAGACAUUUUUGUUUUCAAAUAGAAUUGAAAAGAAACUAGUUAAUUUAAGUGGUACUGUUCCUGUUACAUUUAAAGGCACCACUUAUCACAUUCCAAUUUGUAUCUGGCUAAUGGAUACACAUCCAAAUAAUGCACCAAUCUGUUAUGUAAAACCUACAUUGGAUAUGCGAAUUAAAAUGUCAAUGUAUGUUGAUCAUAACGGUAAAAUUUAUUUGCCAUAUUUACACAAUUGGACUCCGACUACGUCCAACCUUCUUGAUUUAAUCGGAACAAUGACRGCAACUUUUUCAGAAACACCACCUGUAUAUUCAGUUAUAAGAACUGAACAACCUGUAAACCCUGGUUAUCCUACUCAAAUGCCAUAUGGUGGCACUGGUUCAAAUGUGAUGUUACCAUAUUCUUCAAUACCAACAUCAUCUACUGCUACUUCAAAUCCUACUACUGCGUACCAUGGAAGUUCUAAUACUCCUUAUCCUUUAUAUAAUAAUCAAUUUCCAACACCUUCUCCUUAUCCAACAGGUUCUGCUAGUACAUCAAAUUUUCCUCCAUAUACUCCACCAUAUACAACUCAAAAUUCUUCUCAAAACUGUCCAUAUCCUCAGCAACCUGCACCAAUAAGACCAGAGUAUCCUCCUUACCCAUCAGCUACUAGUAAUUUGCCUAAUCCUUCUACAGGGUUAAAUGAUGGUGGUACGAUAACAGAAGAACAUAUCAAAGCUUCUUUGUUAUCUGCUAUUGAAGAUAAAGUACGGAGACGCUUUAAUGAACAAAUGGCCCAGAAUAAAGCCGAAUUAGAUAUAUUGCAACAUUCUCAACGAGAACUAUCACUCGGAAAAAAUAAAUUAGACUCCAUUCUGACUAGUCUCAAUAAAGAAAAGUCUGAAYUAGAACAAAACAUUCAAGUAUUGCGUGAUAAAGAAUUAGAACUUGAAAUGGCUAUUUCCAAGUUAUCUAAAGAAGAUAAUAUUGAUAUUGACGAUGCUGUAACAACAACUGCACCUCUUUAUAAACAAAUAUUGAAUUCAUUUGCUGAAGAAGCUGCAACUGAAGAUGCAAUCUAUUAUAUGGGAGAAGCCUUAAGAAGAGGUGUGAUUGAUCUAGAAGUAUUUCUGAAACAAGUUCGUUCACUCUCCCGUAAACAGUUUAUGUUACGGGCUUUGAUGCAACGAUGCAGGCAUAAAGCUGGUCUAGUGGCUUAA